UAUCCUCUCACCGUCUCCACCAUCCUCCUCGCCUGCUAUAUCUGUUGCCGCUCGGCCCGCUCCUACCAAUCCCCCAGUGCCCCCAACAGCAACCACCAACACCACCGCAGCAACCACACACCUUGACGCUUGGCUGAAACUGAACGGCUCGUGCCCGGUUUCCAGGAACUUGCCGCUGCCAACCCCGCUGUCCACGCCGCUCUCGGAGGUCGUUUCACUCUCGCAGACUCGCAGUACGCCGCGGAUCGGAGGCGGAGGAGGUGAUAAGAUUUAGUGUUCCGUCGAGUUGCACCGAAACGGCGCUGUGAGGCAUUCAUUAGUGUCGCUGUCAUUCAUUGUUGCGUCUCUCACGCUUAGCACACGCUAUAGACAGGGUUUUGCAGAUAUGGAGUACGUGAGCCCUGAAGGCCUUCGCUUAGAUGGUCGCCGUCCCAUGGAAAUGAGGCAAAUUCGAGCAGAGAUUGGUGCCGUGGCCAAAGCUGACGGUUCUGCUGUGUUUGAGAUGGGUAACACUAAAGUGAUUGCUGCAGUAUAUGGCCCUAGAGAGGUCCAAAAUAGGAGUCAACAAAUGAAUGACAAGGCCCUGGUGCGAUGCGAGUAUAGCAUGGCUAAUUUUAGUACUGGGGAUCGCAUGAGAAAACCAAAGGGUGACAGGCGAUCCACAGAGAUAUCUUUAGUUAUUCGCCAGACCAUGGAAGCUUGCAUAUUGACACAUUUGAUGCCUCGGUCUCAGAUAGAUAUUUUUGUCCAAGUACUCCAAGCGGAUGGAGGAACUAGAUCUGCAUGUAUCAAUGCUGCAACUUUAGCCCUUGCAGAUGCUGGGAUCCCAUUGCGGGAUCUUGUUACUUCAUGUAGUUCCGGGUACCUUAAUAGCACUCCUCUGCUUGAUUUGAACUACGUAGAAGAUAGUGCUGGAGGUCCUGAUGUCACUGUAGGGUUUCUCCCUAAGUUGGACAAAGUGACCCUUCUUCAGAUGGAUUCUAAGUUACCAAUAGACAUUUUUGAAAACGUCAUGCAACUUGCAAUUGAAGGCUGCAAAGCAGUAGCAAAUUACAUUCGAGAAAUAUUGCUAGAGAAUACCAAGCAACUAGAGUAUCGUCGGGGUCUAUAGUUUAUAAACAAGGUAUCUCUUCUAACGUUGGUCCUCGGAAACUACAUUUUGACCUGAUCAUCUUUAGGCUUCCAUUGCUUCAGUGUGGAUUUGUGAAUCCCUAUAUCCAAUUAAAAGCAACCAUAUACAUGUUUCAACUCUUAAUGGUUCCCUGCAUGUGGCGGGGAAUGUGGCAAAGCAUGUAUGAAAUCCAAGGAGAAUGAAAGUACCUCCCAAAGGAAUAAUUAUUUGUCAAAAAUGGACGACAUCCUAGGCCCUGGCUAGUUUUAGAUGAACAAUGAUUUUUCUUUUUUGGAUGACUAGAUGAAUGGCUUUUCUGCUUGCCAACUUACUGGUAUUCUUAGUUGUAAUCUUGGUAAUAUCAGCUCUUGUCGUGAAUAUGAAGACCUUGUUGUUUACUGAUGGUUUAGGUUGUCAUUGCUGAACAAAGAUAAGGGCUUGGACUUGAACAAAGAUGUCCAUAUUCAAAAUUGGCACAGUUCAUGAAGUUUUGUUGUAUUACAGCUGCAUAAGCUGUGUUAAUUCAGCAGUUUUGAGUUUUA